AUGCAACGCCACGUACAUUUUCGAGAGGAUGUGGACGACGACGGAGAGGUCGUUGAGCUGCAUCCGCUGUUGCAAUGGGAUAUGGCGGCUAUAACCUGGCUGGUGCAGCAGAAAGAGGAACGUCCGUGGCUGCGGCGACUUGUGCACUCGACGACAUCUCGCCGUCGCACGCAAGACAUUUCGUUGCUAAUAUGGUUCGUGUUCAUCACGAUGAUCCCGGAGUUCGGGUUCCCAUAUUUCUGGAUGUGUAUUGGGAAUCUGUUAGCCGUGGUGAUUCUACAGUACCUGGCUAGAAAUCCUCGACCAAUUGAUCUGUACAAUCCGUUGUGGCAGUCGCAAGACCGACGUUGUGUCGAUGAAGACACGGGAGGAUUCCCGUGUGUCGACUGUCACAUGGCUGUGGUGGUGUUCCUACCAGCCAUUCUACACACCCAGUCCGUGGUGGUGCAGUUAAUGUUUAUGGCGAUAGUCCUCUACAUCGCGCUCUGCAAAUUGCUGCUGGCCACGCGGUUCAUUUCACAGAUACUCGGCAGCUGGCUCAUGGGCUUCACAGGGAUCCUCAUCGGCAACCACGGACAUGUCGUGGUCAAGAGUUACAAGCUGACGCGGGGCUACAAUAUUGCAGCGAUUGUGGCGCUUGUGGUGCUGGCCAUGCUGGUACUAGGCAUGUGGAUCGAAAAUAACGACAGCAGCUUGAUGGGUAUCCCCAAGCGAGACUUCAUGGAAGUCUUCACCAAUAUCCUUAACUCGGACGCACCUAAUCCAGCGACGCCAGGCCCAGCACAAGUGCAUCAACUACCUGGUAAGCCGACAAUCCCCACACGCCAGCGAAAACACUUCGUCAACGAUGACGAAGAAGUAGCAGGCAAAAGAGAUUCGUUCUAUUUCCUUGUCAGGGGAAUGCGUGCAAGAACGCUCGCAGCAAGGGAAAAAUCGUGAAAUUUGCGGUCUAUCUAGUUUUCCGAGCACCGGUUGAGCGCAUCUUCGACCUCUCCACGCAUGGCCUUGGACACACGCGGGAGGAUCGAGCCCUUACCCACCCAAAUAUUCAUACGAACUUGCUCAUGUGUCUGAACGCGGACAACCGCAGGGCCAAUGGCCAUACC